UUGGUGUGUGGCGUCUAUCACAAAAUUAAUAGAGAUGUAUGAAGCGGAUGAGGCGCUUUACAAUGUGAGGCAACCUGAUUAUAAAAAUAGACUACGAAGAUUGAAGAGUUACACAAAUCUUUCGGAGGUUAUUAGCCGUGACAUACGGCCUGGGUGUAUGGCUGAAGACAUAAAAAAGAAAAUUGAUGGCCUCCGCACAAGUUACUCCUACGAGAAAGCGAAAAUGCAUAAAAGCAAAAGUGGAGCCAGUGCACAGGCGGCGUAUACUCCACAAGUGUACUGGUUCCACGUGCUGAAGUUUCUGGACCAGGCGACAGAGGCGGACGAGAGUGUGUCUGUAACAUCGAAAGCACUGAAAGUGAAAGUGCUAGACCAACAUUUGAAGAAAUGUUUGAGCAUAAGAUGCAAGAGCCUUCUGUCGCAUGUAGCGAGCCACAGCCACAGCUCCAACAUCAAGAGCGGCCUCGCACAGAAACAAGGAAGGCACAACAAAAAAAUGGUUCAAAUGGUUCUGACUUUUAAUACCGAAUUAUUUAUAGAUGAAAUAGAGAAACGUCCUGCGAUAUGGAAUAUGACAAGUAGCAUCUAUUCAGAUAAGAACUUAAGGAGAAGGACUUGGGAAGAACUCAGGCUAAGAGGCUGGUCUACUAUUACUAAAUUCUGUUUUUUUCCAGCGUCAUCCCUGCGAAAGGUAUGGAAGUGUUUACGAGAUAAUUUUACGAGAGAGGUAAAGAAAAUGAAGACUGUUAAAUCUGGAUCAGGAACUUCGAAAAAUUCGUCAAAUAUUCAUUAUAAUAUACUACUAUUUCUAUAG